AUGGCCGAUCGUCGCUCCCUCCCCCUAACGCUGUCAAGCACAACAUCCCCGACAAUUCCGCCUUUCAUCCAGCUGCUGCCAGGACAUGCUAUGGGGUUCUCGAGCGUGACACUCAUCUGAGCAUGACAAAUUAUCUAGCGACCGCUGAGAUUCUUAGCGGUCGUUAGAUAAUUUGUUAUGCGAAAUUACCAUCAGCGUCCACACACGCAUAAUAAAAGCGCCUUCGCAUGACAAACCUCGAAAAGACCAAAGAGCAUAGAGAUCUGCUCCAGGUUUGACUUUUUACUGCGAGAAGUGCAAGCGCCCUCGCCUCCUUUCACUUUUGCUAUUUUUGCAUCUUCAGAUCACGCAUUCAUGUGAUUAGCUGAGAAUGUGUUAACGGUUGAAAAUCCCAUACAUGCGACGCAUCCUAACUAUGGCUUUUCUCCCAGUGACUGCAGACCUGCCACGGACCCCUUGUAUGGCGUCCCCGGAAAAGUGGAGUCGCACCGGGACCUCUUGCGGCUGCUCAAGGACAAUACCUACAGGUCUUAGGGUGUUUACUUUACUUUUCGCUUUAGGUAGUUUUAUUCAAACUUCCCUUUGGGAUUUUUCUUUCUUUAGGUAGAAGUUUUCGCUUGUCUCUUUCAGCACUGGAAUACUUUUAUUUUUGUAUGAACUCUCUGACUAUACCUCCAGGACCCACCCGCGUGGGUGCAUUCUGUCGGCCGUAGACGGCACGGUGCUCGAAGCCCAGGAAGGGUGGAUAUCAAAUGCAAAAAUGUCUGGGUCUGGAAGAUUUCGGGAUUUGUGAUGCAUAUUUUGUAUGAUCCAUGAUGCAUGUAAUGCAUGAUCUAGCAUCACAGAUUUUUAGAGGGCUCCCUAGUGCCUAUUCCGCAUGAGAAAUUCCCUCUCCGCGUAACACAAACUGGACUCCUGUUGCUGGUCACGCAAUACAGAUUUUUUUGAAAUUCAAAGACAGCAUGACAAGUUGCAGUCUUCCAGACCCAGACAUUUUUGCAUUUGAUACUGGAAGAAGCUGUACAAUAUUGCGGACGGGGAAGACCCAUAUCAAAUGUGAAAAUGUCUGGGUCUGGAAGCUUGUAAUGCUGAGGGAGUUAGAAUGUGGAGGCCACAAAUGAUGGUUUAGCAUGACAAGUUUCUGAGCUCCCAAGUCUUGCCUAUUCCGCAUGACAAACUGCAUUUUUGCAUCACAGAAAAAUAGGGCCUUUGGGUAACGCUCAUGACAGACUUAAGAGUCUUGCUAGCCUAGCAUGACAAACCUUGCACUUUUCCAGACCCAGACAUUUUUACAAUCCAUAACCCAAGGGGCCGGCCAAUUAAGGACGUUUGCGCGGUGCAAGCAAACGGCGGCGGCCCGCAAUGGGACAACGGGCUGAGGGAGUUUCUGCAAAAUCCGGCGGGGGACCGAUGGGAGGGUAUCCUGAGUAAAAAUGUACCCACACCAGAGUCAGGAUGGGGAUUUUGCAACACAAACCUAGGAGUUUUGUGAGUCACGCAUGACAAGUUGCACUCUGCAGUGUAGUGCAGGUUAGCAAGUGCAGCCGCAUCACAGAUUCAUCUGCUCAUCCUGUUCACAGCAUCACAAAUUCCAAAACACGGUUGGAAGUGGCUCUCAUGCGGAUGCGCAUUAUAAGUCUUCCUGUCUUUGCAAAUAUGCAUUACAACUCUGGUGUGGGUACGUUUUUACUCAGGAUAGAGGGCGUUCCGGUGUCUAUCACAUCAAACGGGGAGAUCAAGACCGUCUAUGUCCGCCGGCCUCUUUAUGCAGGCGUCAGGUUUGAAAUGGACAAAGUUGAAAUGAUGAUUUGUCAUUCAUAAAAUGCAAGGCAUGAAGUGCCUGCCUUGCCGGAACAGCAAGUGAGGCCAAUUCCGAGCCUGUUUGAUGGGGUUUGAAAUAUAUAGAGCUGCUAAAGUAGCAUGACAAAAGCAGUCUUUUGUCCCCCAAACAGCAUAGCACAUUGGACUCCGGUCUUGAAAAACCCUAAACCCUAAAUUUGUCAUGCAACCCCUGAUAAGUGGGCUUUCGAGUGGUGUCGGUUGUAUGCAUGACAAACUAUUUCAACUUUGACGAUUUCGGUCCUGACACUCCCAUACUUUGGUGUUCGAGCUCAAAAAUGGUCCGCCGGGGCUGAACGAACAGUGGGAGAUGCAAACGCUCGGUGUAUUCUGAGUAAAAACGCUCCCACCCCAGAGUUGUCAUGCAAAUCUGCAUGCCAAAAAAGUUCCCCAUGCCGAACCCCAUGAGAAGCAUUCUCUAGUCGUGUUUGGGAAUUUGGGAUGCUAGAAUCAGCAUGAUAUGCAUAUCUGUGAUGCCUUUGAACUAGCUAAACAGGAUUACGCUACGAGGACAAACUUGUCAUGCGAAACAACCAAAGCUGGUGGAUUUGUAUAAAGCAGAUUUAUUCGCAUCUUGACUGUAGUGUGGGUCUGACGUUUUUCCUCAGGAUACGGUGAUGGGGAGACUUUGCUGUUUCGGAAUCAACGCGUGCUGCCAGUGGGGCACCCGAAGUUUGCGGAGGGUGCGCAGAUGGCGAUCAAGCUCUCGGUCCUGACCGCGCGAGACCCCUUCGGCACACAGCCACUGGAUUUUUUUCUCGAGCCGUAUCAAAUGUAAAAAUGUCUGGGUCUGGAAGAAUUCAUGUUUGUCAUGCUUGUCUGGCAUGACUCUUAAAUCUGUCAUGCACGUUACCCAAGAGCUCCGUUUUUCUGUGAUGCAGAAGGGCAGUUUGUCAUAUGCAGAAUAGGUAACACCUAGGAGCUCAGAAACUUGUCAUGCUGAGCCAGCAUUUGUAGCCUCAUCAUGAGACGCCAACCAGCAUCACAAGUUUCCAGACAUCCAGGGAUUUUUACUUUUGAUAAGCCGAUCCCCAGCACGAUCGCGGUGGCCAGUCCACCGCUCUGUAUCCUGAGUAAAAACGUACCCACCCCAGAGCUGUAAUGCAAAUUUGCAAAGACAGGAAGACUUGUAAUGCGCAUCCCCAUGAGAGCCAUUUCCAAUUGUGUUUUGGAAUUUGUGAUGCUGUGAACAGGAUGAGCAGAUGAAUCUGUGACGCGGCUGCACUUGCUACCCUGCACUACACUGCAUAGCGCAACUUGUCAUGCGUGACUCACAAAACUCCUGGGUUUGUGUUGCAAAAUCCCCAUCCUGACUCUGGUGUGGGUACGUUUUCACUCAGGAUACUCUACGUCGAAAAUUUACUGUACCGCGAGUCCUUCUAUGCAUUGCAAAAGUAUCAUCGUACUUGUAGUAAAAUUGCAAUCAUGCAGGACUAAUCUAAUCGCACUUCGCAUGACAAAGAGAUUUUAUUUGUCAUUUUAAGCUAGUUUUUUGCAAUGUAAAAAUCACCACCAGUACGCUCAUACUUUUUCCUUUCAUACCUUCCUGUGCAAUCCUAUGGAAUUAAUCUCAAACCUUACAUUAUCAGCUGCUAUAUGACUUGUUAUGCAAAAUUACCGUCAAGAUCUACAUGAUCAAGCUGCUUCGCAUGACAAGUUCUACAAGAGACAAACAGCAUGGAAAUCCAUGCCAAAUCUGUAGUGCGGCGGGUGCAACAACCUUCCCCUUUUCCUUUCGCUUCUCUUGCAUAUACAAAUUCAUGUAACAGUUGAGAAUGUAACGUGGGACGAGAACUGCAUAAACGUCGACUGGCACACGGCCGUGCUGGCGAAUACUAUCCUCGAUUUACGCCGCCAGGGCCGCUUGGUAAGUCUUCCAUUUUGCUGGUUUUAGGUCGUCUUUAUUUGCUGUCCCGACCGCCCCAGGUCGGUGUGAACAGAACAUCUUCAUGACUUUAUUCGUUUUGUCUAUGUGGUGGACCUUUCGUGAUGUCCACCGUAAUCAAGAAUUCGGUUGUGAUUAGCAAGACAAAGAAAUAAGUGGCUAGAUUCUACCGAAGCCCCCAUCUUUGCCGCUAGGUUCCAGCAAUAGCAUCACAAAUUGGCCAAAGGAUCAACCUAACGAUCAAAACCACCAGCAAGAUCAACCAGCAAGAUCAACCAGCAAGAUCAACCAGCAAGAUCAAUCAAUACAUAUUUGACAAUCAAGAGCAGUAGCCUUUCUUCCAAGAAUAGUACUUAUGUUUAUGUGGUGAGGUCUUCACUACGGACGCUAUAGAAGUCUGGCGGAUUUUAUUUUGGAAACCGGUAAAUAAAACACAAGAAUAACAUCGACAGGCGAGGGGCAAUGCGAUGUCGAUGGUCACGCGUCCGAACGCCGGCUAUCCAAUGCAAAAAUGUCUGGGUCUGGAACAAAGCAACUUGUCAUGCUAAAUCUGAAUCAUGUAAAAAUCUGUGUUGCAUGAUUACCAAAAGCUGUCCACUUUUGACUUGAGCAAGAGGCAGUUUCUCAUGCAGGAUACGCAUGAUAGAACUCUCACCGAAUCUGUCAUGCGAGGUCCCGCAUUCCAGACCUCAUGGGUCAUGGAAAACCUGCAUGACAAGUCUGGCAUUCUUCCAGACAUCCAGGGAUUUUUGCAAUCCAUACCGGCGUCCUCGCUACAAUUGCUGAAGAGGAUGCGUCGACUAUGGAGAGGAAAAAUCCCCCCUCCCCAUAUUGAAAAGGUAUGUUUCCGAAAAUUUGUGUUGCUGAUUUGAGGGCACAAAUCACAUCUGUCUUGCAAGAAGACAAGGGCAGAAGCUUCCUUCCCAUUGUGGAAGCGAUUUGUCAUGCUGUUGGGCCUAAAGGUCAGCCGUUUGCCAUGCUGAGCAACUAGGCCCAUACGCCCCUACCUAGCCUGGGGCUCUGGCCGCAAUGCCUCUCUGCAAUACAAAGCUGAUUUGUGUACACAAAUAUAGCAUCAGAAAUUCCGUUUUGAUAUGGAAAGGGGGGACUUUUCCUUUCGAUAUCGACCGUGGCGCCAGACCACGGGAUGAAUAGCGAUUACUUCGAUGAUACGCCGGGCGGCAACUACAACAGUCCAAUGUACUAGACGAUGCACAGCAAGUCAGAAGCUGACGAGGGAAGUAGUAUUAAAGCAGAUAUAGAACAAAAGAGAACCCGAAUUAGUCCUCUACUUCAAGAAAUGUCUACUGAGCUAAGGUUACUUUCGGACAAGAUCGGAGACGAGGCGAUAUUGUAAGGAAAAAUCCCCCCUCCCCAUAUCGAAAAGGCACGGCCCAGAAAAUUUAUCAUGCUGAUUUGUGACCUCAAAUCGUCUCUGUCUUGCAAGAACGCAACCGCGCAGGCUCUGCCGCACUCUGUUGGCGGUUUGUGAUGCUGUUGGCCCUACAGACUACACGUUUGCCAUGCUCAGCGCCUAGCUCAAAGCUUCCCACUUCGGGCUUAGUAUAAGCCUGCCGCACUCUCCAGCAAGACAAAUCGGAUUUGUGUACGCAAAUCCAGCAUCAGAAACUUCGUUUUGAUAUGGGGAGGGGGGAUUUUUCCUUUUGAUAGGCGAACUGCGUGCGUCAUUCAACCUGUUUCAUCCAGGAACAAAAAUUUGGUUUCUUUCAUUAUGGCCUUCUCAAAUGUUACAUUCUCAACUGUUGCGUGAAUUGUGAUGCAAUUUUAGGAAAAGCUAAAGCAAAAGAAGGGAGCUUGCGCCUCUCGCAUUACAAAAUAAUUAGCACAGAUUUCAAUGCUGUUUAGCCUUUCAAAAGAUUGUCGUGCGCAGUAGCUUCAUCGUGUGGAUGCUGAUGUGCAUUUUGCAUGACAAAUCAUGUGACAGUUGAGAAUGUAACGCUUGAGAGCCCCAUAUUCUAGAACAUGACUAGGCUUCCUAUCUUGAAAACUGAUUUCGUCCGAGGAACGCACUUUUACUUAAUGAUCAUUUCAUUUUACUUAAAUGUAAAAAGCGAAAUCGUUGGCACGAGAAGAAGCAGAGACGUAGAUGUUCAUGUUAUGCAAUUUUCAUUUUAGUUUCUCAAUGAAGUCAAGAAUCAAGAAAUAGCUCUAAAGGAAAAGAUGAAAUAAUUUCAUUUCCUUUAAUCGAAGAAAGAGUACGUAGAUAGUUAGAAAUACCAGAAUCGAAGAAACAAUCACCAACCCGAUAAUCGUAUUUAUUAUAAAUGUCUAGAUGAUUACACACCCCAAUUCUGCCUCCGAAAUCUCCAUGAAAGGAGGAAGAGCAACUAAAUAGGGUCUCAGAAUGGAGCAUGAGCUCGAAGAACAACUGCUGAAUAAAUGAGAUCGAAAAUUCACACUAUUUACGACGGAUGUGUGCGUUUUCAACAAGGCGAUGACAACCACACGAGAUUGAUCGUUGGAUGCAAGUAUUACUCCCUUCCUACUAUGUUUUUCGACCCGUCAGUUCUUAACAGCUCUCGAAACAAGAAGUCUAAACUACAAGAACUCCCCAAGUUUAAAAUCGCAUUUAGCAAGUUGAUGUUUUAGAAAGGUUUCAAAAUGAAGGAAAAAAAAACGUGACGAAAAAGAGGAAGAAAAGUG